AAUAGUGACAUUAGAACGGCCAUUUGUACAAAUGCCCUGGCAUCCAAGGAAGUCGAACCAACCAAGUAAAAUAAAAAGGUCGGCCAAUUAUGAUCUAGUUUAUACAUAGUCAAGAAGUUGUGGUUGAAAUUAAUCUUAUCAUCAACUUAUAUAUAUGUCUAUUUCGUUACCAACUAUAUAUUCAGUAGUAAACUGCUUAUUGAGUAAGUUAUCAAAAAGCAAAAAAUGUUGGGAAAAUUUUCAGAGCAAGUAGAAAUAAAUGCAUCAGCAAGUGAAGUGUGGAAUCUCUAUAGCACUCUUCAAUUUCCCAAAUUUGUUGUUGAAAAACUCCCUCACAUUGUUGAAAAAGUUGAGUUGAUUGAAGGCAAUGGUGGCUCCGGUUCGGUCCUGGUAGUUAGUUUACCCGGUAAUGCUCCAUAUAACGAGAAAUUCGUCUCAAUCGACGAUAAAAAACGAGUGAAGGAAGUCGAGAUUAUUGAAGGUGGAUAUCUUGAUCUGGGAUUCAGUUUCUACGGAAUUAAGUUUGAAGUUAUAGAAAAGGAUGAGAAUUUAAGCAUAGUGAAAAUUACCAUUGAUUUUGAGACUAAAGAUGCUGAAAAUAUUCAUCUUACUAUUGGCAAUAUCCAAGCUCUCGUUGCCAUAAUGAAAGCCACUGUUGAAUAUUUCAACCAGAAGAGCAAGUAAAUUAAUCUUCUUUUAUUGGAAUCCAUGAAUCUUCAUAUUUAAUAGUCUUUUUGCAUUUUAUUAUUGCCCUUCAAGUAAUGUAAUGUACUUUGAUGGAUACAAUAAAACUUUUUGACAUUGCAAUGAGAUGUAACAUUCGCAAUUCUUAA